CACAAAAGAAAUAUGAGUUGUUUUUUUUUUCAUACCCAAAACAAUUAAUUUGACACAAAAAAAAGAAGAGAAGGAAAUAAAAAAAAAAUAUGCAGCAGCAGCUUCAUUUAUGGGGUGGACUAGAGAGCAAUGAUCACAAGUGGUUGUUGGACUGGACAAAGUGGAGAGUGUUUUUGUGUGCAGCAAUGGUCAUCUUCUACAUGCUCUUAGCAUUCCUUCUGCUGUGGAAGUACCAAUGGUCGGCGGCAGGCAGCGGCGGCAGCCAGAAUGAUGGCGGCAGUGGCAGCGGUGGUGAUUCAAAAACAUGGAUGCCAUGUGUGAAAGAAGUGAGCCCAAUAUGUUUGAUGGCCUUUAGAAUGGUUUCUUUCUCUCUUCUUGCAGCAACACUCACUUGCCAUGUUGUGGUCUAUGGUGGCACCCUCUUCUACUACUAUACUCAGUGGACUUUCACAUUGGUUACCAUUUACUUUGGGUUUGGUUCAGUGCUUUCAAUACAAGGAUGUUGGCAGCGCAAGAAAUCAAUGGAAAGGGUUAGUGAUGAUAGAUGGACGGAUGAGAUUCAAGGGUUGGAAGAUACACUUCUUGCAGGCACAGGGUAUUGCCGUGGAGCCAAAGCACUUGAUUACCACACCACACUCCAAUUCUACCAAGAAAGAUCUGCUGGAUUUUUUGCCAAUGUGUUUCAACUCCUUUUCCAGAUGGCUGGUGGAGCAGUGGUUCUUACAGAUUUUGUUUAUUGGUUCAUAAUCUUUCCCAAACUCGAUGAAUAUUAUGACUUCACUUUCUUGACGUUGGUUGCACAUUCACUUAAUUUGCUGCUUCUUGCCGAUGCAUCUCUGAAUUGCUUGCAGGAAUUGCCAUGGUUCGGGAUUGCAUAUUUUAUUUUCUGGACAGGGGCUUAUGUCUUAUCCCAAUGGAUUGUUCAUGCUUGUGAAUCUAUCUGGUGGCCAUACCCUUUUCUGGAUUUAUCAUCACCAAAUGCUCCCCUCUGGUAUUUGGUGGUGGCAUUAAUGCAUAUUCCCUGCUUUGGUAGUGUUGUAUUACUCGUUGAGCUCAAAAAAUGGGCACUCUCCAAAUGCCAACCUACAUAUCAUCUUGUAUUUAGUGAUGAUGAGAUCAUUACCUCAUGUUAAUCAUCAUUAUCAUCAUUUAAUUUUAUAAGAUAUCAUUCUGUACACCUUUUAAAUUCCACACGUGAAAUAUGUUACUUCUCACUAUGGUUAAGUGUUU